AUGGGGGGAAGAGUGUGUCGCGGCGGGAGGAGGAGAGGUUAUUGGCGGGGAAGUGUUACACACCGUCAGUUUCCGUUGAUGGGCCUAAUAGGGUUUGUCUUGCGAGGAGGACCAGAGUGGAAGGUGAUGCUUGAAACGUUACUCCAUGUCCUAUGUUGUGCAAGCUUUCCACCUAAAGUGGAAGAUCAAACACAGCACAUGCACUUUGCAUAUAGAAUGGGAUUUUGUUCCAAUUUGACUCAUAGUCCAACAGCGAUCGCAGAUGUUGCCCGUCGUUUCAAACUCUCGUAA